AUGACCCAAUCCGCCAUCCCCAAAACAAUAAAAGCCGCGCAAUGGGACCCGACGCAGCAAAAAGUCGUGGUGAACAACAUCCCUACCCCGUCGCCCGCCCCACACCAACUCCUCAUCAAGCUCGCCUCCGCCUCCCUCUGCCACUCGGACUUGAUGGCCAUCGCCCAAACGGACCUAACCAACCCCUUCACCCUCGGGCACGAGGGCGCCGGCUACGUCGCUGCGCUUGGAGCAGACGUUGUGGAUAGGGGAUUCCAUGUGGGCGAUCCCGUGGGUUUUCUUUAUAUCAACGGGUGUUGCUUUGAGUGUGAGGGGUGCGGUGUACAUAAUAUGCAUUGUACACAGGGAAACCCCGUUGUCGCGGGGUUUGGGAGGGGUGGAGGGGACUUUGGGUUCUUUCAAGAGUAUGCGGCGGUCGAUUGGCAGAAUGUUAUUGCCCUGCCAAGGGAGUUGGAUCCGAAGAGGAGUUCGGCGGUGUUUUGUGCGGGGAUUACAGCCUUCCACGCCGUGGACUCGUGCACCCUCCGCCCGAACCAAUGGUUCGCAGCAAUCGGCGCCGGCGGACUUGGCCAGCUCGCCGUGCAAUACGCAAAAGCAAUGGGCUACAAGGUGCUCGCUCUCGACAUCAACGACAAAGCCCUCGAAGCAUGCAAGUCCCAAGGCGCAGACGUCACGUUCAACACAGCAACGCACUCGUCCACCUACGCCUCGGAUAUCAAACCCCUCACCAACGGCGGCGUGCACGCAGCCGCAGUCUUUAGCGGUGCCCCGGCAGCAUACAAAUCUGCCCCUGGGAUUAUUAGGCCAGGGGGUGUACUGAUGGUGGUGGGAAUUAGUCCGAAGCCGUUGGAAUUGUCGAGCUUUGAUUUGGCGAUUGGGUCGUAUGUUGUUAGGGCGGAUAGUACGGGAACGCCGGCGAGGAUGGGCAAGGCUGUGCGGUUUACAGCGGAGCAUGGGAUUGUGCCGCGGAUUGAGGUGAGGAAGGGGCUGGAGGAUGUCGGGGAGAUGGUUAGGGAGAUGAAGAUGGGACAGUCGAAUAAGAGGAUGGCGGUUGUUUUUGAUUGA